UCUUCCUUCUCUUCCAGAUACCUCCUUGAGCAGCGAGAUGUGGAAAUCAAUGUCCGCGAUAAAUGGGACAGUACCCCCCUAUAUUAUGCCUGCCUGUGUGGACAUGAAGAGCUCGUGCGCUAUCUUCUAGCCAAUGGAGCAAAAUGUGAGGCAAACACUUUUGAUGGGGAGCGUUGUUUGUAUGGAGCUUUGAGUGACACCAUCCGACGCCUGCUGAAGGAGUACAAGCAGAUCACAGCAAAGUGCAUGAAGAGAGACUACUAUGAUGUCUUCCUACAGCGGUUGCUGGAACAGGGUUACCAAAGUGACAUUGUUUUCAUCGUUCAUGGCAAAUCUUUCUGUGCCCAUCGCUGUAUCCUCAGCGCUCGCAGCGCCUACUUCGCUGAAAUGUUUGAGACCAAAUGGAAGGGGAAGAACAUGAUAGUGUUGAAACAUCCACUGAUCAAUCCAGCAGCCUUUGGCUCCCUUCUGCAGUAUCUGUACACAGGGCGUCUUGAUAUCGAUGUAGAAUAUGUAAAUGAUUGCAAGAGGUUAGCCAAGCAGUGCCGCCUGCAGGACCUCAUCGAUGAUUUGGAGACCAAGUGUAAAAAAGUCUAUGAAUUUGUCUCUUCCAAGCCAGGGACCUGUGUGAAAGUGCUGACGAUUGAGCCCGCAGGUAACUGCCGGCUGCAGGAAGAUCUGGCCCUUCUAGCAGACUGCGCCCUGCCAGCCGAACUGCGGGUUGGUUUUGGGGAGUUGCCGUUUGACAGCACUGACAACUUCAACAGCUGCUCUGAUGUGUGCUUCCGAGUGGCAGAUUAUAACUUUCUGUGUCACAAGGCAUUUUUCUGUGGUCGCAGUGACUAUUUCAAAGCCCUCCUUGAAGACCAUUUCAGUGAGAGUGAAGAGUUGCAGACGCAGCCCAGCAUCCCUGUGGUGACUCUCCACAACAUCACAGAAGAUAUUUUCAUCCGGGUCCUCUACUACAUCUAUAGCGAUGACACUGAGCUCUCCCCAGAGAACGCCUACGAGGUGCUGUGUGUGGCAGACAUGUACCUGCUGCCCGGGCUCAAGCGCCUGUGCGGCAGGACCUUGGCGCAGAUCCUCGACGAGGACAACGUCGUCAGCAUCUGGAGAAUCGCCAAGCUCUUCCAGCUGACGCGGCUGGAGGACCAGUGCACGGAGUACAUGGCAAAGAUCAUCGAGAAGCUGGUGGAGUUGGAGGAGUUUGUGGCCGCGGUGAAGGAGAACGCGGAGGCGGUGGAGGAGCGGCAGGAGACCGACUCCAUCCCCCUGGUUGACGACAUCCGCUUCCACAUCACCAGCAACGUGCAGACCUACAGUGCCAUCGAGGAAGCCAACCAGAAACUUGAAGCUCUGGAAAACCUCCUGGCCAGGAUAGGGCUCGAGUGCUGAUGUGUGACCCUGUCUGUCGUUGCAGCCUCCACAGCGGUCUGACUCGGAGUGCAGGAACGUCUGAGUCUCUGAAUGUCCCUUUCCCCCCUCUCUUGUCCUCCAUCCCAUCCACUUCCAGGCAUUUUUUUUUAAUUUAUUUAUGUCUGGACAUUUGCAUGUCUGGUUUGUGUUUGGUUUUAUUUUGGUUUUGUUUCUCCUUUCAGGAAUAGCUCCCCAAGCACA